AUGCCUCACAUUUACAGGCGCGACACCGCGGGCGCGCAGCUAAGCACCACGGCCAUUAUCGCAAUUGUCAGCAGUGUCGGUGCAAUCCUGUUGUGCGUUCUAGCCUUGCUGGUAUUCCGACUCGUCCAUGCCAGGAAGAUACACAAGAGGCUACUUGCGGAUUUGGAGCAAAGGGGUGUCAUGAUCACACAGGUCCAUAAUGAAGCAAGGCAAGAAACGGUAUCGAGACCGCGCGCUGUUUUGAGACGGAACACUUUUCUACCAUUCAAUAGAGCAUCGGGAUGGGGCGCUUUGACAUCCGUGGAGACAUUUCGAUCGACAGAUUCAAACACCGUCCCUGCGCAUUAUGUGCCAGCUCCGCCCACUGAUAGGGUGAAGAGGAACAACCGCCUCUUAUGGCCAUUCUCGGCCCGUCGACUAUCUGGACACGGGGUUCAGAUGAGAAAGAUAAAGGUCUCCAGGCUCUCCACAGUGAUAGAAGACCCAAAGCUCUCGCCCUUGAAGCCAAUACUGAACAGUUUCUCAUUUGGAUAUGCCUUCCGCAACCAAAACCAAUACUCCAAUAUAAAUGCUUUAGAUGAUCAACUGGCUGGCCGAUCUCUUGAAAGCUUGGAUGGUAGCAUGCGUCUCUUACGAGCACGGUCUGUGGCCGGAGUACCAUCCGCUUCAUCUUCACGCCCUCAGCUGCGAGCGAGAUCUGCCAGUCUUUGCAGCCAGCUGUCGGGAAAAGCCCCGGAUAUGAUUCUUCCUCCUCUUGCAUUGGAUAUCGCUCGUAUCAAGAGCGAGGCCAAACGACGUAGCCAACUCAAGCAUGCGCCCUCCCAACUCUCAAUCUCAAGCUUCGGGUCUGCUGAUACUUCGACACUUGCUACACGCUUGAGUCCCAUCGUGUCCCAGUCGACCAAGUUUAGCGGGCAAAAUAUUACAAAGCCUAAUGCGAAAGGGUCUUCUCUCGCUGGGGGAAGAUCGUUCCGAGAUACGCUGGAUCUUCGUAGCAAGCCUAGUCAAGCCAGGUUCUCGCUUGGCACUACAGAGUCUCCCGAAGUACAGAAGGAACACAAUCCUACCGACGGAAAUGUUAUAUCAAGCCCAGAGUUUUCUGUCGCAGCCAUGAGAGCGCAAGCCUCGCUUUGA